AUGCGAAGGGUGUCUAUUAACAGGGCGACCUGGUUGGGAUCGUCCCAUCCUAACCGUGUCGAACUUCGUGCAUCCAGAACUAGCCGAUACGACCGCUCCUUUGUCCCGAGGGUGUGGAGAUUGUGGAACAAUCUACAAGAGAAAGCUUUUCCCUGUUCUGCAAACCUUAGGCAGUUCAAAAAUCGUAUUAACAAAAUUUCUUUGGGAUCAUCAUAG